AUGUAAAUAUUAAUUUUAGCUGAAGACAAUUAAAAAUAUUAAAAGUUAUUUAAGAAUAAAACUAACAAUUGGUAAUCAUAAAUAUCAGGAUAAGGUAAAUUAAUUACAGAACAGUCGGAAAAAUUAAAAUAAUUAAAUUAAGAAUUAACUGAAAUAAAAAGGAAUGAAUUGGAACUAACAAAUUAAAAAAUAUAAAAUACUGAAUAAAUUGAUAGUUUAACUAUCAAAUUGAAAGAAUAAGAACAAUAAUAUUAAUAAUUAUAGGAUUAGUUAUAAAAGAAAAUAAAAGAAUUAAAUCAAUCAAUUUAAAAUACUUAAUCGAAUUUAGCUUAAACAAAUUAAUAAUUAUAAAGCAAAGAUUAAGAAUUAAAGAAUACUUAAUUUAAGCAUGAUGCUUUGUUAGAAGAAUUAAAAUCUGCUUAUUCAUUUGUAACUAUUCAAUGGACAAUUGGGAUAAAUAAAUUAUUAAAAGAUGAUCAUUUUAAUAAAAUUUUGAAAAAUAUUGAAGUUAAAACAAAUAAGAAGGUAAAAAACCAAUAUUUCAUUUUCUCUGGAGAAAACAAUGACUUAAAUGGUUAGGCAUUUUGGAAAUCUGUUGAUAAACUCUCAAACUUAUUAAUGAUAUUUAAAUCAAAAAGUGGAAAUAUUUUUGGUGCAUUUUCUCCUUGUUAAUGGAUAGCAAAUUGUUCGGGUGGUUACAUAUAUGAAAAUACGUUAUCAUCUUUUAUAUUUUCAUAGACUCAAGAUUAAAUAUAAAUAUUUCCAAUUAAAGAGGGAAACAAAUGUAAUGCCAUUUAUUGUAAUCAAUCAUAUGGACCUACUUUUGGUGGUGGUCAUGAUUUUUAUAUCUAGCAAGACUUUCAAAAUGGUAGUUCUAGUUUAGGACAUUCAUAUUCAUAUGAUUAAUAUCAAGUUGGUAAUAGGAGUACACAUUUAUUUGGUUAAUCAAGUCCAAAUAUAGCAGAAUGUGAAAUAUUUAUGUUGACAUUUGCAUGA